AUGUUAUAUUCUCUUACUUUGAGAGACGUCUUUACUAUAGUUCCAAAGGAAGACAAGAGGCACUGGAUUGCCAAUAACAUAUUUGGUUUGGCAUUUUCUCUCAAUGGAGUUGAACUUCUUCACUUGAACACAGUAACAACUGGCUGCAUUCUUCUGGGAGGACUCUUUGUCUAUGACAUAUUUUGGGUGUUUGGAACAGAUGUUAUGGUAACUGUUGCCAAGUCAUUUGAAGCACCAAUCAAAUUGAUUUUUCCAAUGGAUCUUCUUGAGAAAGGAUUAUCUGCAUCCAACUUUGCCAUGCUGGGCCUUGGAGACAUUGUUAUACCAGGAAUAUUUAUUGCACUUCUGUUAAGGUUUGACCACAGCAGCAAGAAAGACAAGGCCAGCCGGGUGUAUUUCUACUCUGGCUUCAUCGCUUACUUUGUGGGCCUGGUAAUGACCGUUCUGGUGAUGCACACUUUCAAAGCUGCUCAACCCGCCCUGCUGUAUUUGGUGCCUGCCUGUCUAGGAACACCAAUCACGUUGGCUUUGAUCAGAGGAGAAAUUUCAGAGUUGUUCAAGUAUGAAGAUAACCCGGAGAAAGAUAAGAAAGAAAGCGAAAAGACUCAAGUAGAAGGCAGCGAAGAUGUCAACGGCGACGCAAAGAAAAGCCAGUAAACGAACUGAACCCAAAUAAAUUAUUAUUGUCAGUUAUUAUAAAACGAUAAAACUUAAUUUUACCGCAUACUGUAGAAAACUGUGCCUGUUAUAAGCAAGAUAACAUUUGAAAGAGUCAUUUGAGACCUUACUUAUGCCGAAGAUUUUACAACCUUAAAUUUCAGAGGUUCGUCUCUUAAUUCCUUGUACAAGGUAUCCACUCAGUCGUAGAAAACUAUUAAAACUGUGAAGUUAAAAUCUUCUGCGUUAUGUGGAGUGGCAUUUGAUCGUUCAUCGCCUAAUGUUAUAUUCUCUUACUUUGAGAGACGUCUUUACUAUAGUUCCAAAGGAAGACAAGAGGGUAAAGAGAACAAGAGAGCCACGUAUCUUUUCCUAGGGAUUUUCAAUCACCGUUUUCCAGGGUUAUGUUAAAUGUUACAGAAGUAUAUGUGGAAAGACCUCUGUUAGUCGACGCCUUGUUGGAAUUGUCGAGACACUAUUUUUUUCUCUGUGGCUAUAGCGCAGUUUAGCAACUUACUUUUUGCGGUGUACAACGGUAUCUUCACAUUGAAGUAAACCUUCAAAGGCAAAAAAUGACAGCAAAAGAUUGAGACUGACAAUGAGCAACGAACUUUGAAAAAACUUAUGCGUGAUGUUUCAUCUCCUCUGAAGGGUCUGUGUCUUUUCUGGUGCAGCUUGUUGGCAAGUAUUAUUUAUAUUUAAUUGCUAUUCUAAGGGAUUUUAUUUUUUAGUUUAAACUGUGCGUAUGGAAACGAUGACUACAAAAAACUGACUUAAUAAAAGAGUUCAAGUAAAAAGUA